AUGUGGCUAUGGGAUUUAGCGACAAGUGCCCUUUACAUUCUCUGUCUAUAUUUCAUAUUACUUGUCUGUUUUUACGGGGUAGUGUCUACGGUACUCGAUCCGGAGUGGUUGAAAAAGUGGUGGUUUGCCGACAACAACGGGCAUGCCGUCCAGGAUGACAAUCAGCCAUUGAAGCAGCGCAUUGCUGAAUUGGAAGCAAAAGUCGAUAGUCAGAAUGGGGAAUUGCUGGUACUCCGGGCUUCUAUUGCCGAAAUCCUUCGUCGUGUCUCGAAGUUGGAAGGCACAGAACCGGAUGCGGAUAUCUCUUUAAAAACAACACCCAAAAUACCACCAUAUCUACCAUCCUCCCGGAAGUCUUCCCUCUCCAAUAUGUCUUCUACAACGACCAGCGAGCGGCCGAAAUCCAGGCCGCAAUCGAUGUACGGUGCUCCAGAUGCUAACGAGGAGCAGACUUUUCGGCCACUUUCUAGUCUAGUCAAUGUUUCCUUGGGAAAGAGUGCUCGAGGGUCUCCAAUGCGCAAAUGGCUAUCCUCUUACGACAUGAAAGAUCCAUCGGGAGCACCGAGCCCGGCUGGCUUUUCCCCUCUGUCCCGUAAGCUGUCAUCCAACUCGAUCAACAAAAAUGCGUCAACCCAGAGCUUGGCAAAUAGCACAGUAAACAGCAUCCCAACCUCACAAACCGUAUCACGAGGGCUCAGUUCACGUUCCCCAUCAUACGCAGCACUAUCUGGAUCACGGCUUCUCAAAAAUUCGCCAUCCCGUGAACCUCAAUUCAACCCCUCCACUCAUAUACUCCAUGCUUCCGUCAGUGGGCGAUUAGUCGGGAUUCCGGUACCAGAUGCGGUGGCUGAGUGGGAUCUCCAUACAACCCAACCACCCCCUCCUGGAACUCCACCACAACUCGAAUGGGUUUACGGUUCGUCAAUUGGAGCAACGCGUAGUUCCCUUCACCACUUGCCCUCCGGGGAUAUCAUAUACCCGGCAGGGACCCUUGUUGUGUUAUACCAUCCCCAAGAACAUACGCAGCGUCACUAUGCGCAGCAUACUUCUGAUGUGAGGACAAUCGCGCUCCAUCCAAAUCGUCGGAUCGUGGCUAGCGGGCAGAGCAGUCGACAUGCCAGGAAUCGUGGGACGUUGGGGAACAAACCUCCCGUCUCGCCACCAGCCGAUCCCGAUCGAGCAGCAGAAACGAAACAAACGCAAGCACACAUACGUGUCUGGGAUACUGUCAGUCUAACAACACUCUCUGUCAUCGGAACUGCCGAUCACUGGUUCGAACGUGCCAUCUCGGCCCUAGCAUUCUCUUUGGCAGAUGGUGGAGCUUUCCUGGCUUGCGUUGACGACAGCUACCAACACAUGUUAAGUGUUUGGGAUUGGAAUAAAAAGAAGAAAAUUGCCGAAACGAAGAGCACUAGCGAUACGGUCGCCAUUAGCUUUCACCCCUACCAAAACAAUUCGAUCGUUCAAUAUGGCAAAAAUCAUCUAUAUUUUUGGACGCUUGACCCCAAGAAUGAAAAAGUUCAGCAGGUUCCCGCGUUUUUUGAGGGCCGAGAUCGCCCAAAAGCCAUUCAAAGCCUAUGCUUCAUCGAUCAAACCACAGCAAUCGUCGGUGAUUCCAAUGGCUCGCUCUCACAAUGGGACAUCAAAACAGGAAAGGUGCUGCGUGUCCUGCAAAACCUUUGCCCUGGUGGAAUCACGGCGUUAGCUACCGUAUCUCGAGAUAAAAUCGCAGCAGGUGGGGCACAAAAUCAACUGAUAAUCAUUGAUGCGGCGAGCUUUAUGAAAAGUGAAAUAAUUCAGCUACCGGAGCAAUGUAAAAACAUGCGUAGCCUAAAAGGAUGUCGAGAUGGGGCUAUUCUUGUUGGCACGCUCGAAAACGCGAUUUACCACGGCACGUCGGACGGUGGAUUUCAAUUGGCGGUUGAGGGUGUUGAUGACGAAAUCGGCGCCACGUGUCUCCAUCCACAUACUCCGCGGCUUCUAGUCGCUUCUGGCUCUGGAAUGGCCCAAGAUGGCCUAACGAGUUGCUCGUUCUCACAUUGCGGUUCCCAUAUUGCGCUAGGGACAGAAUCUGGUCGUUUACUAGUCGUCGAUUCUAAUUCCCGGAACGUCAUCUUCGAGUCAAAAUACAGUACACAGCCGGUGUUAGCUUGCCGCUUCUCACCAGCCACAAAUAUUUUGGCUGUAUCGACCCGGGAACCAAGUGUAUUGAUCCUACGUGGUAGCGCUACAAAAACCUAUUCCUCGCAUGCGAGAAUUGCCACACUGCCCUCUCCCGUCCAAACAAUAGAUUUCUCAAUCGAUGGCUCAUUAAUCCGUUUAACCACAUCAAUGGGGCAUCUUUUAUAUUAUACGAUCGAGGGUGACUCGAUGGGGGCGGCUGAGACACGGAAUGUCGAAUGGAGCACGGGCAGUUGUUUGGCGAGCUAUCAGAUAGCAGUUGCGGCUUCCGUAACGAGCAGUGUCACUUGUGGCGAGCUCAGCUCGGAGGAUAACGGCUUGGCCGCACUUGGAAGGGGAGACGGAACGAUCCGCAUCUUUACGUCACCCGUUCAUAGUUGUGAAGCGGGAUAUCACGAGAUUCGAGCUGGGGCUUCACCUAUUCUGCAGCUCCACUACCGCAAUAUCCAACUCUACUCAACCGCUCAGGGCUCCGGUACGGUGUUGCAAUGGCGU